AUGAAUAAUUAUUAAAUUACAACCUCCCAAUGUUCUCCAAAUAACAUAUUAGCAGUUUGUGUUGUAAUACGAAGGCAUUUUUUUAGAGAUAGAUAAUAUUAUUUAUCAUUAACUUCGAAUUCUCUUACUUUGAGUGAUGUAAUUUUUACGAGAAGAAUUAAAUAGGGUCCUAAUUAAAAGUCAAUUAAAUACACAUAGCUUCUAGGCUUAGAUACUGUGUUUACUUGGUUAACUAAUGAACAAAACAUAAUAGGAUUUACACUAUUAUAUAGGGGAAAAAUUAAGGAAUUUUAUGGAAAACCAAGCGACAUGUAAUAUUUAAAAGACAAAAUGGGAUAAAUAGUAAUAUAUGAUAAUAUCAAUAAAUUUUAUAUUUUGGAAAAUAAAAGUGAAUAAGGAUCAUUUGGAAAAGUAAUUUAGAUUUAUUUUUAGGUUAUGUUAGGUAUAUGUAAAUUUACUUAGAAGAAGGUUGCUAUAAAAUAAUUAGAAAUUCUAAAAAAUUCAUAAUCAAUUAUAAAAAAUGAAAUUAAUAUUUUAAGAACCAUCUAUAAUUAUCUAUCUCAGAAUAUCUUAGAGCUAAAAGAAGUAUUUAAAGAUAAACAAGCUUAUUAUAUUGUUACAGAAUAUAUAGACGGAUAUAAUUUACAAUAAUUAUUAUCAACAAGAAAAACUCCAUAUUCUUUAAAAGAGUCAUUAAACAUUUUUGAAGUAUAUUUUUUUUUAAAUAAUGUAGUAAAUUUUGAAAGGAUUAACAUAAAUCCAUCAAUGUCGUGUAAUCCACAGAGAUCUUAAACCAUCUAACAUUAUGUACAAUUAUAACAAAAUAAAAAUUAUUGAUUUCGGUCUUUCAUGUUUUUGUGGCAAAUAAUUGUAGGAAUUUCCAAAUUGUGGUACAACAGGGUAUUGUGCUCCAGAAGUCUUAAAUUCAUAAAAAACAACAUAAUCAUAUAAUUAUAAAGUAGAUAUUUUUAGUCUUGGAUGUAUAUUUUAUGAAAUAUUAACUUUAAAAAAAGUUUUCCCAUACAAUAAAGAAUAAUCAAUUUAUUAUUAAAAUCAGAAUUGCUUAAUUUGCAUAGAAGAAUCAGGAUAAAUUUAUGAUUUAAUAAAAUUGCUUUUAAAAGAGGAUCCUAAAUAAAGGUUGGAUACCUAUCAAGCUUUAAAAUUAGUAUAAAACCUAAUAGAAUUGAAAAAUUUUGAUGUAAAUACAUGGUAUAAGAUAUAAUUUGAAAAGGAUAAAUAAAGAAACAACUCUGAAGAAAAUUUUCCUUAAAAUUUUUCAGGUUUAUUUAAAUUUUGA